GUUAGUGGCUGAAAGUUUUCUUUCCUCCUCUUUUUUUUUUCUUUCUCCUCUCUCUGUUGGCGGAGGAAUCGUCGCCUGCACUCACCAUGAGAGAGAAAGCGACGGGCUGUUUAGCAUGCAGCUUUUCCUCCGAUACCCAGAGUCUGUUGCUCCUCGCCGACGUCGUUUCGCGUUAAUUUAGAUGCCUCUCAACACAUUUCCGUUAUGCGAAGUCCAACUUGUUGGUUAGUUGUCGUGCUGCGGUGGUUGCUCAUCCGAGAUAACGGAGAACGUGACAGUGACUCUCAGCCGGUCUGGUUACUGCAAUGAAUGGUAACACUGUCCAUCCAGCCAACACCACCACCACAACAGCAGGAGGAGGCCCUGGCGUGGCAGCACCCCCGAGAGGCUGGACGGAGUUCUGUGAGCUGCACGCCAUCGCCACAGCCCGGCAGCUGGCCGGACACUACCGGAGCUUCGCCAGAGAGUGGCCACAACAUGACAUACUCCCACCAGAGACCUUUUCCAAGCAAUUCACCGACCUCUUCCAGAAGCACUUCUGCUGCGAGGUCGACAAAGAUGGCGCUCUGCUCAGCCAGAACACAUGCUCUACCGCUACCGGUAGUGCUUCCUCCACAUCUCCAGUGGCCCGUUCCCUUCCAUCACAGGCUGUGACUGGUCGAUCGCGGAUCACAUCUUUGUCUGGGGUGCAGGACUAUCGCGAGGCGGGCCGGCCAAGUGGAGGAGCUGCUCUGUUUACUUUGGUGCCACCGAAAGUGGAGCCGGUGGUGGUGAGCCGGGAACAGGAGCAGUCGCUGCGAUGUGCUGCGGGAAACUCCUUGUCGGGAAACCCGGUGGUGCUCAGAGGGUCGGCGGGGGUAUUGGGUGUUGGCAGCGGGUCAUUGCUGAUCCAUAGCCAUAGCAACGAGGAGGUCUCUGGCGCCGAUCGUCGUCAGGUAUCUGAACGGUGCUCAUCGGACUCCUCAGCCUCCAACCCUGGACACGCUGAUGUCACACACUUCUCUGUCAGUCAGAUCCAGCAGACCGUAAGAAGGCUUUUCAAGAAACGGCCCCUCCCCAGCCCUCCAUCAUCCCAGGACCUGUCUCCUAGCAACCCCAACCCCACCAAUAACAACAAUCCCCCAAAUAAUGGUGACAGAGUGGGUGGGAUUUCCCCCACAAAUGAGGAGGUGACAUCCUCCUCCUCUUCUUCCCACUCUUCCUCUUGUCUGAACUCUGAAGCCAUCCCCCCAAGCUCUUCACAUUGGUCUGUGGCUGGAGUAGCCUCUCACUUCCUGGAUCGUUUACGUUGGUUACACAACAGAAGCAUGAGGCAGAGGAGGUCAGAGGUGAGCGGCUGCUGUAAGGAGGACCAGCUGAGGUACUUAUUGGUGGAUGACACUAUCUCAGACUCUCAGCCCUGCUGGCAACGCUGCCGCCUGCUGGUCAGGAGGAUCAGGGAUGCUCAAGGAGGAGGAGGAGGAGGUGGAAGAGGAGGAGGGGAGAGGUACCAGUUGGAGCUCUAUGAUCCUCCAAAGGCCUCCAGUCCCAAGCUGACGACUCAGUGCUCUGAUAUCCAAGAAGUCCGUCGUUGCAACAGACUGGAGAUGCCUGACAACUUAAACACAUUUGUUUUAAAGGUUAAUCGAGGUAGUUUGAUAUUUGAGACCGACAACGACCAGCAGGUCAGCUCCUGGACCACAGAGCUAAAAGAAUGUAUCAGCAACAGGUCAGGCAGUGUGGAUCUGGAGCCCCUCCCCUCCCCAGCUGACAGCUCUGUUCCGGCCAAUCGCAGAGGAAGCUCGGCGUCAGCAAGUCAAAGCCCCGUCAACUUCACCCUGCCCGAGCAGGUUAUCCAGAAGACAGAUCACUUCCUCUUCUCUUACCCCUGGUUCCAUGGGCCCAUCUCCCGCGUCAAGGCAGCCCACCUGGUUCAGAGCUCUGGACCGGAGGGCCACGGAGUGUUUCUGGUCCGACAGAGUGAGACACGCAGGGGAGACUACGUCCUCACGUUUAACUAUCAGGGAAAAGCAAAGCACCUGCGCCUCUCUCUUACAGAAUGGGGUCAGUGCAGGGUGCAGCACCUGCGCUUCCCCUCUGUAAUGGACAUGCUAAGUCACUUCCGCCUCUUCCCCAUCCCACUGGAGUGUGGAGCCGCCGGUGCCGUCACGCUGUCCAGCUUCGUAGUGGCGGGUUCCAGCCCUCCUUCACAGGGUCAGCUCUCAGGCGCUCUCCUGGUCCCUUUUUCCCUCCAUCGGUGGAGCUCUGAGCCCAGCUUGGCUCACUGCAGCUUGGCUCGCAACUCUAGUCAGCCCGCUUCCUCCUGCUCCGCCACCAACACUGCUUCCAGUCCCAGCUCCGUUUCCCAGCCGGGGAACCACCCCUCCAUUCGCACCAACCCCGCCCCUGGCCCUCCUCCAUCUGCCCCCGCUCCUCUGCGCCGGAGCGGAUCGGUGGGGAGGAGGCCUCUGCUUCGCCACCCCACUCCCCACACUUCCAUCAUCCCUCAGCGGGACUCGGACUACGAGCUGGAGCCUGAGCGGGGCCGCAAGCGGGCGAUAGACAACCAGUACAUGUUGCUCUGACACAUCUACAUCACCUCUGAAAGACAGGAGUCACCUGUGAAGCCAACAUGCUCACACAUGUACACACACACACAGACCUACACAGACACACACACACACACACACACACACACACACACACGAUCGUGUACACAUCAUACAGAAACAUUUUGUCAACCCCCCACCCCACCAGCUUCAUGUGGGUGUGAGACGUGCUUACAGCAGACUCGUGAACUUGAGCAAACAAGUCUUUGUCUGAUGAAUGCAUAGCACUGUGUAUGUCAAAACAUACACACACUCACUCUCUCUGAGCUGAGUGUGUGUUUACCAGUGUUAGACCCCCCCCCCCCACGAGUGUCCACAGUGAAUGUAUUUCUGGGAGUUUUUAUUACAGUGUUGACAAUGAUGAUUAUUGUUGUUGUAUUGAUGUUGGGUGUCUGUGUGAGAGAGGGCGAGCCACAUGUGUAACUGUCCUCCAGCCCGAAAAAAUAUUUUUAAAUAUUUCUAUUCUGGUGAAUUCAACGAGGUGCACUUGAUUGAACUUCUUUGGCACUUAACCUGAACUGAUAGGAAAGCACUGCCUGUAGAAUUGGUUGGAUCAGGCGCUCAUUAAAAAUAUUUAAAAGACAUGUACUCUUCACAAAAAAAAAGUUCCAAGUGUAGAGCAAUCGCCCACCAUUUUUUUUUUUUUUUUUUUACAAACACAGACAAAAAGCACUCUAUUUUAGAGUGUUAUUACACUCUAUUAGAUAUUCUUCGUCUUGAGCAUAUUAUAUAUUAAAGUGCACAUCGCUUUCAGUGCACUUUGGAAACAAUGUGUAUUUUUUAUAUACACAGAUUCUUUUGUAGAAAAAAAAAAUACUAAGUAAAAAGUGGGAAACUUGGUUAAACUCAGUUGGGAAGCUUUUUUCUAGAAACGUAUCGAGCACCGCGUUCCACUCCUUAAAACCUACAGUGAAGCAAAUACAGAGAACCACAGAAAUGAUUCAAGAACAGCUUUCAUCUGCACUGUCUUUUUCCUAAAGCAGUGGGAACCCGUUGCUGUUUGUGGUGUGUGUGUGUGUGUGUGUGUGUGUGUGUGUGUGUUGUAUUGUAUGUGAGUUGAGUGAAUGUGUAGUUUAUCAGCAUGUUUGUGCUGAUCUCAGUUUGGUACAGUAUUCACCUUAGUCUGCGUGUGUGUAAGAUGUGUGGCAGUAGUCACUGCUGCGUUUUCCAAAUCAGCAUCAGGUGUCUUUGUAGUGUCACGUUACUUUUGAAGCACCAAUGGCAUCAUAUACAUAAAAUUAACAUCGUCGCACAGAAAUAAUUUCUGCCACAAAAUCAAAAAAAGUGGAAUGAUGUAAUAACAAUAACAUACUGUAGGUAGA